AUGGAUUUUGGAUUCGGAUCUGUAUCUAAGUACACCACUAUUGCCAUUGUACUAGUGAUCUUGCUUUCUUGGAGCAACUUUACUUCCACAGAAGCAUAUGAUCCACUUGACCCAAAUGGAAAUAUCACAAUUAAAUGGGAUAUCAUGAAUUGGACUCCUGAUGGCUAUGUUGCUGUUGUUACAAUGUACAACUUCCAGCAAUAUAGACACAUUCAAGCACCAGGCUGGUCACUGGGAUGGACAUGGGCAAAGAAAGAGGUUAUUUGGGCCAUGAUUGGAGGUCAAACUACAGAGCAAGGUGAUUGUUCAAGAUUCAAGGGGAAUAUUCCACAUUGCUGUAAGAAGGACCCGACGGUUGUGGACUUAUUGCCGGGAACUCCUUACAACCUGCAGAUUGCAAAUUGCUGCAAGGGAGGAGUAAUUAACUCAUGGGUGCAGGAUCCGGCAACUGCAGCAAGCUCAUUCCAGGUCAGUGUUGGUCAAGCAGGAACCACCAACAAAACUGUAAGGGUGCCUAAGAACUUCACCCUGAAAGCUCCAGGGCCUGGCUAUACUUGUGGACCUGCAAAAGUUGGUAAAUCUACUAAAUUUUAUGCCCAAGACGGAAGGAGGGUAACCCAAGCGAUGAUGACAUGGAAUGUUACUUGCACAUAUUCACAAUUCCUAGCUCAGAAAACUCCCACUUGCUGUGUGUCUCUCUCAUCUUUCUAUAAUGACACGAUUGUUCCCUGCCCAACAUGUACCUGUGGUUGCCAGAACAACAGUACUCAGCCAGGGAGCUGUGUAGACCCAAAAUCACCAUAUCUAGCAUCGGUUGUUUCAAGCCCCAGCAAGAAUAACUAUGCACCUCUGGUCCAAUGCACAAGUCACAUGUGCCCAAUCCGAAUUCACUGGCAUGUGAAACUAAAUUACAAGGAAUAUUGGCGGGUGAAGGUCACAAUAACAAACUUCAAUUACAGGAUGAACUACACGCAGUGGAACUUAGUUAUCCAACACCCCAACUUUGACAAUCUGACGCAAUUAUUCAGCUUUAUGUACAAACCAUUAACUCCUUAUGCUGCUAUAAAUGAUACUGCUAUGCUAUGGGGUGUUAAGUUCUACAAUGACUUGCUCAUGCAAGCUGGUCCUUUGGGGAAUGUUCAGUCAGAGCUACUUUUCCAGAAGGAUACAUCGACUUUCACUUUUGAGAAGGGUUGGGCUUUUCCUCGAAGGAUCUAUUUCAAUGGUGAUAAUUGUGUCAUGCCCCCUCCUGAUGCCUAUCCAUUCUUGCCAAAUACUAGUUCUCGGCAAAAGAUCUCCUUGCUAAGGCUAAUGAUGGCUCUGUUGUUGUCUCUGGCAUUCUUUGUUGCAUGCGUUUAA